CGUGGCUUCAUGAAAGAAGGUUUUAUGCUUCAGAAUGGGGCGCUAAUAGAUGAGGGUCCAAUUAGUGCAGAUGAUCCAAAAUCUUAAUGUUUCUAAUUGUCAAAUCGCAGAGCUUGGACUUGGAGGGCCGUUAGUUCAUUCUGAUAAAUACUUUGUUGGGAUAAACAUCCGUUACGCAAAAGGAAGGACUUGGUGCCUACCGUUCAUGUCAAUUCGUGAACGCUUGGAGCAAUUUCGGAUAUUGACUCCAAGAAAUCUGGAAGGAAGCGAUGAUUCUGGAAAUCUGGAAGGAAGCGAUGAUUCUGGGCAAGAAGAAAGAGAUGAAACUAACCUGUAUGGUGCAGGGAGCUCAAGUGGAACAACCGAAACUAGCAGUCAGGGAUAUUCCCCUCCUCCAGGUGCAUCAAUGAUAGUCCCUUCAGGAUUUAUGCGUAGGCAAAAGUGGCUGGACUCCAUGGGCUAUCCCAGGCCACCACCACUUAUGCUCGAACUGAAUGGACGUUUGCUUCAUACAUUUGAAGAUUUUUUCGGUCACUUGCAUGCGUGGAAAAAUUAUCUUUUUAGUCUCUCAUGUUGCACUGAGGGGCCGAAUCCCUGGGUGAGACUUGGUUCAAACAUUGUCCAAGCUAUAUCCCGACGUGUUGUCUCACUUGCUUCAUUCAAUGGUGCCACUAGGUUUUUUGCAUGCACGGGAUUACUUAUAAAGUGUAGGGUUGGCCGACACUAUGGCAGUACCACACCCUCGCGCACAGUCAUUAAUUCUGACUUCUGCCAGUUUGGUUAGAACUUGUGAAGCCACCGAUAAAAUUGAUGAGAAAUUGAGGAUUGAGGUGUUUCUCCCACCAAAUCAACGUGUCAGCGGGACAUUAGUAGCGUACAACUCUUGUUAUAAUCUAGCUGUUGUUCGUCCUGAAUGUUUACGCGUUGUUUGCCCAGAAGAUAUUCUCCUCGUGGACACCCCAGACCAAAUCAGGGACAGGCAAUUCAGAAGAAUGUCUCGUGAGGAGCUUGAGCUUAAAAAGAAGGUUGUAGCUGUAGGUCGGGAGCCUGAAGAAGGAUUAUUAUGUGCCUCUUUCGGGGUAGUAACUAAAGAACUUAUAACUAGUGGAUGCAAAGAACUUAGGAUGUCCACUUGCAAAAUAAAGAAGGUACACCGCUCAUUUCUCUUGCCCUUUUUUAUUCACGAUAUGAACUAUAAAUAAUUGCAUCACAUCUAUUUGAGUUGCCACUUUGUUAACCUAUAUGCACAUUCACUAAACUCCCAUAUCAAUUUGGAUGAUGGGUGUUUUGUUGGCAUGAACUUCUAUGAUGGAAGAAAUCACGGUACUCUUUUCCUGCCAAAGAAGUAUAUUAUAAAAGUUCUACUCAAGUUGGAGCUCCCCCAAUCACCAAGAGAUGACCAUGCCGUGCUGAGAUUAGAUUCCCCAGAUGAUGGGACGAACUACAGUAACAGAUGGCCGGUACCAAAAUCAAGAUGAUCUUGGUCUUAGAUUCUACUUCAUGCAGAAGGAAGCGUCUGAUUCUUAAUUCAAGUUAAGAGAUAGGCAGCAACUCUUGUAGACCUUUCUCAUGGGACCUGUGAGAAUUAUAAAUUCAACUUAGAUAAUGUUUACUAAAAAAUUAGAGUUUAAAAGCAUUCUUGAAAGUAGUAUGCAUGUGUAAAAAACAGUUUAAAAGCAUUACGUACACGGUCUAGAUAUGAUGAGGUACUUAAAAAUUGUUAAGGUACAUGAUGUACUGCUAUGAGCUCAUGUACACGGUCUAGAUAUGAUGAGGUACUUAAAAAUUGUUAAAGUACAUGCGAUGUUCCAUCAUUGUAUCUUGGGUGCAUGAUGAGGUACUAAAUUUUGAUUAA